CGCCUUCCCGCUCGGCCGUCUUUUUUUACCUUUUUCUUUCUGUGCAUGUGAACCUUUUCUUAAUUCUCUCACCAACUUAAACUCGGUCUUCUCUUCAUGUAAAAACACGUUUCUCGGAUUCAUACAUUUCUUUGACUCAUCUGAUCUCAUUUCUUUGUUCUUCUUGCACCUUCUCAUCGCCCUGGGUGUAUAUCCCUGUGCACCAAGGCUAAUUUCCUCACUCUCAUCGGGAUGGCACAAAAGGUCGUGGUUGUUGGUGCUGGUCCAGUUGGCGCCUUGGCAGCCUUAUACGCGGCAGUCCGUGGUCACGAUGUAGAAAUCUACGAACUCAGAUCAGAUCUCCGCAAAACCAAUGCUACGGCUUCGAGCUCUGGCAAAUCUAUCAAUCUCGCACUCUCUGAACGAGGCAUCAACUCUCUCCGAAAGGCUGGACUACCAGAACUCGCAGAUGCAGUCCUUCGGGAUACCUUUCCCAUGCAUGGGCGCAUGAUUCACGUGAGGAAAAAUGGGGAGUAUGCUCGUGAAGCACAACUUUACGAUGCACGAGGCAGAAGUCUGCUUGCUAUGGACCGAACAGGUCUGAAUAAGACCCUUCUCGAUCAGCUCGAAGCAAUGCCAAAUGUUACGUUCUUCUUUAACCACAAAGUGGUUGGUGUGGAUUUCAAGAAGAAAGUUGCCUGGUUCGAGCACCGACCCAAAUCCGAGACGGCACAGGGCGCUGAGUUUGAGUUACGAUUUGACCUAAUGAUUGGCGCCGACGGGGCCCACUCUGCUGUGCGAUACCAUCUGAUGAAGUUCGUCCCUAUGUCCUACCAACAGGAGUAUAUUGACAAGCUCUGGUGCCAAUUCCAUGUACCACCAACACCUAGCGGGGACUUCCGUUUACCACCAAACUACCUGCACAUAUGGCCUCAAGAUGACUCGAUGUUCAUUGCGCUUCCCAACAUGGACAAGACGUUUACCUCAACUCUCUUCCUAACAAGACCUGGCUUUGAGGAACUGAGUUCAUCCGGAAAAAUAGUGGAAUACUUCAAGGCAAAAUUCCCUGGCGUAGUCCCAGAACUUAUCACCGAGGAUGAGCUCCGAAAACAGUUCACCACAAAUGAACACCUACCUCUGAUUUCCAUCAAGUGCACACCAUACCACUACGGCUCUACAGGAGUCAUCGUAGGAGACGCCGCUCAUGCCAUGGUCCCCUUCUACGGCCAGGGAAUGAACGCUGGCCUGGAAGAUGUCCGUGUACUGUUUGAGUUUCUCGACAAAAAUCCUAAUAACCAAGAGAAGGCAUUGGCCGAGUACACUGAAGAACGCACACCGGACGCUCAAAUGAUCAACGAUCUCGCACUGGGCAAUUACCGCGAGAUGGCAAGCGAUGUGAAGAAGCCGCUAUACCUCCUCCGCAAAUGGAUCGAGGAGACGCUGUACAUCCACGUUCCGAGCGCCGGUUGGGCUACACAAUACUCGCGCGUCACAUUCAGCAAUAUGAGAUAUUCCGAGGUUUUGCAGGCAUCGCAAAGGCAGACAAAGAUUUUCAAUGGCGUUCUCGGGUUGGCGCUUGCCUCUUUAGUCGGAUCUACUCUCUGGUUUGCUAGGGCUGGGGGUUUGCACAGAGCGAAGAUGGGCAUAUUACGAUCGAUAUGUUGGGUUGCCCAGCGGAUGCAAGGUUGAGCAGCAUGAAUGUUGGACGAGGUACGAGUGUAUGAAUUUAGUUUGGAAUGUAGAAAUACCUUGAACAUAAGUCCUCAACUUAACAGUACAGACGGGAGUAGCCUG